AUGGAUGGGGAAAAUUGCUCUUCUUUGAAUGAAUUCCUUCUCCUGGGAAUUAGCAAUAACCCUGGAAUCAAAGUGACCCUAUUUACCACAUUUCUAAUUGUUUAUCUCAUUAUUCUUGUUGCAAACCUUGGGAUGAUCAUUUUAAUUAGAAUGGAUUCCCAGCUGCACACACCGAUGUACUUCUUCCUCAGCCAUCUCUCCUUCAGUGACCUCUGCUAUUCCUCAGCAGUUGGACCGAAGAUGCUGGUAGGCCUCAUUGCCAAGAACAAGUCAAUUUCCUUCUAUGGCUGUGCUCUGCAAUGGUUGAUCCUUUGUACUUUUGUAGAUUCUGAGUGUCUACUGCUGGUGGUGAUGGCCUUUGAUAGACACAAGGCCAUUAGCAACCCCUUAGUCUAUGCAGUCAACAUGUCCAGCAGAGCGUGCUCCCUGCUCAUGGUUGGAGUUUACAUGGUGGGAAUUAUGGAUGCUUUGAUAAAUACAAUAUUAACACUCCAUUUAUGUUUCUGUGGAUCAAAUGAGAUUAACCACUUCUUCUGUGAUAUCCCUCCUCUCCUUUUGCUAUCUUGUUCAGACCAGGUCAAUGAAUUAGUGAUAUUUACCAUUUUUGGCUUCAUUGAACUGGUUACUCUUUCAGGACUUCUUGUGUCUUAUCGUUACAUCAUCCUGGCCGUGAUAGAGAUCCACUCUGCUGAGGGCAGGGUCAAAGCUUUCUCCACCUGUACGUCCCACUUAACAGUUGUUGCAAUUUUCCAGGGAGCUCUGCUCUUCAUGUAUUUCCGGUCCAGUUCUUCCUACUCCCUAGAUCAAGACAAAAUGACCUCAUUGUUUUACACCCUUGUGAGUCCCAUGUUAAACCCUCUGAUUUAUAGCCUACGGAACAAAGAUGUGAAAGAGGCCCUGAAAAAAUUUAAAAACAAAAAGUGA